GGCACCCCAGUCUCUGUUCUUUCUCAGAGAGGAAAAUUCCCUCCCUUGCUAUAAAUACCCAUUACUACAGAAGCCUUUGCCAUCAUUGAAUGAUAGCCACCUUCAGUUUCUGAAGUUCCUUUGUUUCCCUUUUGUUAUUAUCCUCCCCCUCUCUCUCCUCAAUGGCCUCCCGUUCUGCUACCUCUUCUUGGACUUCGAAGCAGAACAAGUCCUUCGAGAGGGCCUUAGCGGUGUAUGACAAGGAAACUCCCGACCGCUGGAAAAAUGUGGCUGCCAUGGUUGGAGGCAAGACUGCGGAGGAAGUGAAGCGCCACUAUGAGCUCCUCAUGGAGGACCUGAGGUCCAUCGAGUCAGGCAAUGUGCCCUUCCCUAACUAUAGGUCCUCCAUUGUCGACAACAGGGGAAGAGCUACUACUGGAUUGACAGAAGAGGACUAUAGGUUGCUGAUGCAUUUGAAGUUGCAGCAUCAAUGAGGUGUCGAUAAAAGGGAAGAUAUUGUUGUUUCAUCAUAUGUUGAAUGUAGGUUAUCUGCAUAUGGACUUCUUCCAAGCUGAU